AUGAUCUCCGCGCUCUUGGAGGCGGUCGGGGCAGAUGGGCGCAACCAGCCCCGCUUGGUGUGUUCGGACUCUCCGGAAGUUCUAUGUCCCGUCGUUCGGGAACACCUUCCGCGGGUGCUGUGCGUCGCGAAAGACCCGCUCCACGUGGCCCUGAAGGUGGAGAGUGCAGCCAACGAGCGGGUGACCCCGUUGUCUCGCCCCCUGCGCAAGUGCCUCCGGAAGUUCGUGAUCGGGGGCGACGACGGCAAACAGUACUUCCGCGGGCAGAGGCAGAUGGUGGACAUCCCGUCGUUGGGAGACGUCAUCGGCAGCAUGCCGCCCAGCCGCAAGAGGGCUGUGCUGAAUCGGACAUCGAGCGAUACGUAUUCCGCCAGGCCUUACGCGGGGGCAUCCCACUUCCUGGAGGACGUUGCCGCCUUGUGCAUGGAGCACCCGGACGAGCUGCGUCGCAAGACCAACAGCGGCUCAACG